AAAAUAUUGAUUAUAUGAGUUCAUACGGAGUCUGUGAUAUUUAGCUCUGGCACACGCAAAGUUGUUUUUGGUUCAGUUUUCUGCCUGUUUGAUUAUCAGUUGGAUUAUUAGUAAGUAUAUCAUAGUAAGUAAGUAAAUUUUAUCUAAAGUCGGGGCUAUAUUACAUAGAAAUCCAAACGUUAUGUGUGGGCCACAAGGUGGCCCCCAGAGCCCCUGACUUAUAAUGUUGCCCCCCCCCCCCCCCUCCUCUCCUAACCACAAUUCCUGGAUCUGCCCCUGCCAUCCUAAAACAUUUUAGGGAAAAACACCAAAGAAACUUUAGCUAUCAAUCUUAAUUGUAAUGUUUUAUUUUGAUAACUUUAUUAUAGAUGUAAAAUUUUAUGUCAUACUGUCAUUUUAUUUAAUUGUGUUUUAUUGUUGCAUUCAAUCUUAUCUCUACCCUUGUAAAGCACCUUAGAGUAAUUUGUUUUAUAUGAGGCACUAUAUAAAUUUUAUUUAUUAUUAUUAUUUUCAUUUAAUAUGCAAAUUAAGCAAUCGUGAGUCACAGGAAAUGAUUGCUAAUGAAGGUGAUAGUAAAACUGGAAGGAUUUUUUAAAUUUAAUUAGAUCACUUCUCAAGGCCUAGCUGAAUUUUUAGCUUAAAGUUUAAUUGCAUGUUGGUUAGAAGCUUUAUGGACCAAACUUGGUUUGAAGGAUUUUUUAGCAAGAUAUUCAAGUUUGUUCAAAUGAAGCCACAAUUGCUUCAAAAGGGAAUAAUUCAGAAAUAAAAUUAAGAAAAUGAUAUGAGGAUACUUGCUCAGUAUUGUAGAAAUAAUAUCAUUUUCUUGUAGAUGUAACCCCCCCCCCCCCCUUUAUGUUUAGGUGGAGCUGUAUUAAUUAUGGGUGCUAAAUAUCUUGAUUAUGUGAAUAAGAAUUUUCUUCUUAGGAUGCCAUGAAUGCAAUCUGUCAGUAAGUAUGUCUGAAGACAUGCAUUCAUUCUUAGUAUUUUUGUUGUGUAGAUAUUCAGCCUGGCUUCUGCAGAUGUAAGGAUGAGAGCACAAUAGGCCUAUUAAGGGUUCAAAGUUUAUAGACAGUGGCAGAUCUAGACUCUACUGUAAGGGGGGGUGGUGGUGAUUCCCUGUGAAAAUUUUAAAAAGAUUGAUUUAAAAUCGUGCAUUUUAGACUGAAAUUCUUGUUCCUUCUUCUUUCAUUUAUAGUCACAACAUCCAUUAUAGAAUUUAAAAGAAAAGUAAUAAACUAAUGACUUGUUGAUUCCCCAAAAAAAGAAGAAAAAAGAAAGUAGAGCAGGGGGGGGGGGGUUAAAAAAAAACAACAAAUCUGCCACUGUUAUGUAGGAAAACAGUUUUUGUUAAAGAGCAAAAGAAUGAUAAAAAUAUGCAAGAAAAAAAGUUUGGAUCCCUGAGGAUGGAGUAUAGACUAUUAUAAAGACUUUAGGAUGCUCUUUUGAUUAAUUAAGAUAUAAAAAAAAAGAUGAACACUAUGAAAGGAACUAGCAUGUUGUAAGAAACUUUAUUCCAUCCAAAACCGUAUAAUAAAUAACUUCAAACAGUCAACAGUGCAACAUGAUUUAGAGUUUGACAAAAUCCUGCAGGCUCUGUUAUGCAUUGAUGGUACUUCCCUUGUUCUGGUUUUUAGGUAUGUGUAAGUCUUUUUCUGGAAUAUGAAUAUUCUGAACCUUUCUGAUUUGAAACAGAAUCUGCCCAUGCGAGUAUAUUUGUGGCGCCACUGUGUCAAAGUGGACGAAAAAUUGAGGAACGAGUUAUUUUGUUAUAUAAAGCAUCACCAGAACAACUUACUGUGGAUUUGCUACUUCCGGGUUACGUUUCGAACAUUAAAAUUGAUCGAAUAAUCUUGUAAAUGUCCCAUGUUGGACUCUCAGGGAAAUCUUGACGUCGGAUUCAAACCCUCGAAGAAAAUGAAAAAGCGUCGAGAACUGGACGCUUUAGUAGGAAGUGGCAAAACUCGUCGAAAGACGAAAAAUGGUCAUGAACUACUGCGUACCGAAUCUGAUUCGUCCGAAGUAGACGAAUUUUUGAUAUCGGAUCGAAAGUCUUUAAUGAGACAGGGCCGAGUGUCAUGCUGUUCCACCUGUGUGUCUGUGUUUGGAUUUUUUAUGGUUGUCACUUGUUUCAUUUUAACUGGUGCCUUGUUGUACAUGCAUUUUCAACUCAAAGAAAAUGUCGAAAAAAUCAGAGAAGAGAUUAAUGCAGUAAAAGAUACUGGUCCACAGACCACCGCUGAUGACUUGCAGCAACAAGUUCAGAAAAAUAUCCAAAAGACACUAGUCAAUGUAACCAAGAGCCCACAGGAAAUAGAGGCCCUGAAACAGCGUAUUACAACCCUUACUAGUAAAGUUGACAGCCUAAGUACAGCCAUAUCAGCAGUAAGCAAAGUCCAGCCAGGCAGUCAACAGAUAGUGAAGGAAGUCAAUGAACUACACUCAGAAAUCCCAAUUAUAUCAAAAACUGUAGCCAAUUUAGGAGUUGAUGUGAAAACAAUGAAGUCAACAGUGGAUGAAUUAUUAGAAUACAAGAAAACUGUUGAAAAAGAACUAGCAGACAUGAAACUCCAGCAGAGUGGAAAGUCAGUCAGUGGUGGGCGUGAAGCUGGAGGAAGAGAGACAUCACCACAUGUUGACCUUGACACAGAUUCGGUGACCAAACUGCAAAAUAUGGGAGAUAUGAUACAAGUAGUCAACAACUCUCUGUGGUCGGAGCUGCCAAAAAUUCGAUCCAGACUGUCAAGUCAUGAGGCUUUCCUGGGGGUUCUGCAGAAUGUCACUGCUAGCAUGCAGAAAGAUUUAAAAGCUUUGACUGGAGACCAUUCCUCAAUAUUAAAGGAUCAUAGCAACAUGGAUCAUGGUUCAGGGGGAGAAACUGAGCAGACCAAGCUCCUCAUCCAUCAAGUGUUAGAUGAUAUGGGUCUUGCCAACCAGACCAAUCCCUCAAGAUCGUUGGACAGUUUGACAGUGAAGAUAGACAACAUUACAGCCACUGUUAAUUCCCUUAGGGAUCAAUACAAAAUGAUGAAAGAAUCUGAAGGUGGAACAGGUUCCGUGGAUACAGCUUCUAUGCAAACAAGUCUGCAGGCUCUGAACAUGUCUGUUGAAUCCCUGAAGACUGACUUCAACACUCUGAUGACUAAAGUCACCAAGCACUCAAAUAUGCUGAUCAACUUGUCCAAGAUUGUGGAAGUUUUACAACAUUUCUCUACGACGCUCGACAAGGACCACAGAAAUAUACUCUCUGGCCAGUCUACUACAUCUAUUUCUCCAAGUCCUGGCUUUCAACCGACAUCUAGAGAGGUGGAAACUCCCAGUGUUAAACCAACAACAAGGAAGGGGGAAUCUUCUUCUACUAAACUGAAAACAGAAGCAGCAGUGCCAACAACACCUAUCUCAACAACGAAGGGAAAACAGAGUACAGAAAAUAAGCCCCCACUGGCACAAACAGAUGGUCACCUCACUCUCACGUUACCGGUGAAGGAAAUCCCACUCAAUGGAAUCAACAGCACAGAUGAUAAAGGCAUCAUGCUCUACCAUUGGGAACAAAUUGGAGGCCAUCCUCUGGAAAUUGCUCAGACAGAUGAAGCUGCAACAGCCGCCUCUGGAGACAUUGUGGCUGGACAAUACAUGUUUGAACUCCAGGUGUGGGAUGAGGAGAACCUCUCCUCCACCAUGAAACUGUUUGUGGAUGUGGAGGAUGAUGGUAAGAAAGUUGAUGGGCAUUUAGUCAGUUCUACAGCCAGUGUGAAACCAACGGCAAUAGCACCAAAAUUUCACAGAUACAUAAAUAUGUCCCUUGUGAAGACAUAUGAAGAUUUGGAUGUAGGAGUUCGGCGUUGGGACAGAAAUGGAGAUGGACUAGUCAAUGCACAGGAUCUCCCCGAUUAUAUGGGUGACCCACCCAAACCAAAGCAGCUGGAGAAGUUUGACUUCAAUCGUGAUGGGCUUUACAGUAUAGAUGAACUGGCAGUAGCUCUGGGGUUCCAGCCAUGGCCUAAAGACCAGCCAGAGCCCCAAGAUGAUGAGAAGCAGUAGAGUGUUGUUGAUGCAGCUUGCACGAUGAUGGUAACAUUCACAUUUAACAUUCCUGCAUGAAGAUAUUCCAAGUCUUCUGUGAAAAAUGAGAGCUUGUACAAUGAGCAUUGAGGAUUGAUGAUUGUCUGUGAUAUCUUAUUUUAAUUUAAUCACGUUCCACUCACUUUGAUUAUUAUUUAGCCCUGUGACUUUUAGUUUUGUGUUUGAUACAGCAGUGAAAAUAAAAAAAAAAUUCAUUACCGUGUACAGUUAAAAACACUGACAAAAAAAUUAUGCCAGAGAAUUACAAGUUAUAUAUAUUAGAUAAUAUGAUGAUUUACAUGUAACAUUAUGAAAUAAUGGGUUAAUUAAAGUAGAAUGCAGGUAGUGUAUUAGGUUGGAAUUUGAAUAUGUGUACAUUUUAAUUUAAGUGGUAUUACGCCCCUCCGCCUCGUCCUGUCUCUGGGUCCACUUGUAUCCUCCCCAAGUACUUGUAGCUGAAUGUUGUUUAUUUUAAGAACUGACAUUUAAUUGUAUAUAUGAACAAAUUUUUAAAAACAUUCUUUUUCGAAGCUUAUCCGGGAUACAAUAAGAAGUUUCUUGUGUGCCAUGAUUUUUUACAGUAUUUUGGGUACUAUCAUGUAUCUUUGGUUAUUGCUUUAAGUAUUAUUUUUUUUAAGUGUAUAAAGUAACACGGCCAUUUUUGGCUUACCUAAAGAUAUGAAAUUCCUGUAAAAUCACCCCUAGUAGUGUGUAGUUUGUGAGAAAAACAAAAAUAGAAAUUUCAUAAGUAGGGUCACACCGAAAUCCUGAUGAAUUUUGAUACUUUCCAUGCCUGCAUUACACGAUCAGCAAGUCUAUAAACGUGUUUGAGUUGUGUGGCAUUGUGUGUCUGUUGAGAAAUGUCUGCCUUUUGAUAACCAGGACAGGUUAUGAGAAUGUCUUUAGUGAUGGGAAAAUGCAUAUGGGUAUGAAUUUACAUAAAAUUGUAAAAAAAAAAAAAAAAUGUGUUUUAUCUAGUGAAUUUUUAUCAUAAAUCAAGGAAUGAAAAUAGCCAGUCAUAUCACAGUCAUCCAAGUGUGGUGUUUUCUUCUUCUAUUUUCAAGGAUUUUUCAGUUUGAGGCAUUUCUGCUGCUUUUUUGAUAAAGAAAGAUGAAUGUUGCAAAAAACAAAAACAAAUUGUGAUUGGAUGUAUGGUGUUUGAUGAUGACUAUAAAACUUCUAAGGUGUAAGGUCUGAUCCAACUUUUUAAAUCCUGGGGUGUUUCCAAUGGAGACGUGAUUGAAUUUUUUCGACCACCAGUUAAGCACAUCUAAAUGGAUAUUAAAAAUGUUACCCCGAUUUGGUUGUUAGGUGACUUAAAUGUUACCAAGCCCAUAUUUGUGCUUCAGAUUUUUUACAUUGUGCAAAUUUUCUAUUUAGUUUUGUAAUGAAAACACAGCAAAAUUUAACUCUUGAAUGAUUAUUUUACACUAGAAUUAAAGAACAACUUCAUUGUGUUUCACAUUGUUAUGAAUAUCAAAAUGAACAGAAAAUGUACAAACGUAUGUAUAUUUCAUGAACAUCGAUUUAGUUACAAACUUGUAUAUCUGUGAUUUUGUUGUGCCAAUAUCUAUUCACCCUACAUUCGAUUAUGUGUAUCAUUCAUUUAGAAGCCGCUUUGUAUUUAUAAAUGUAUCAUUUGUGUUGUUUUAGAAAUAUUCAUGUUGUUUCAUAUUGUCCUGGCCAGGAAGGAUGUUAGCACAGAUAUAUUUUUGUACUUAUUUCAUGAUUUUCUUAAUACAUUGAACUUUUUUGUUGGUUGCGAGUCGUUACCGGCAACAUUAUUUAUUUGUCCCCAAUUAUCACAAUGAAAAAUUUCAUGUUUAAUCUGUUUACAUACUCGCUACAUCAAAUUGCGAACUAUGUGAGCAAAGCAAAGGAUUUUAUUCUAAUUAAAUUGCAAUUAUUAGAGGGUGACUUGUAGGUGUAUAUAGUGCUUAAGAGCUUUUUAGCUGUGAUGAAUAUUCCUAAAAGUUCAAAGAUGAUAAUAGCAAGUGACUUUAUCAUGAAUUAAUGCAAUGUACUAGUAAAAUAAAAUCUAGGACAUUUUAUAAGACAUUGCAUUUUAAUAGGAACACGUGUCUCAAAUCAUGGAUAGUUUUGUGAACCUUUUCAUUUUUCUAAUAAAUAAAUUUUGUAAUAGUUUUCAUGUAAAGAAAUGCAGUUGAAUAUCUCAAAUACCAUGGACAUGUUGCAAGUCCCAACUAUAUUUUCUUUAAUGUAUUUUAACAUCAAUAUCUCAAACCCUUGGGUAUCUUGAGGUUUUUUAUCAGCUCCAUACAGGUUUGACUGUAAUGGAUUUCCUGCACCAGUACAGUAAUUAACGCAAUCCUUUUCCACAGUAUGCAUGAAUACCAAGCAGGCUACAUAUCAGAGAUAUAUAAUCUGCUAGUUUUCCCAACGUAACUUUUGUAACUAUUAAAUCCCAUAAUCGGCUGUUUAUUUUACACCUAUCAUGUAUAAAUGAAAUACUGGUUGCUUGCAAACUUUUGUCAAGCCUUUGAUUUUGUAUGAUAACCAUUACUGACUUAUGAGAAGAACAUUUAUAUAUUGCACUACUGUAUUAACAUUAAUGUUUCAUUUAUAUAUUGCACAACUGUAUUUACAUUGAUGUUUCAGAUGUUUUGCAGCUAUCCAUUCAGAUUGAAUGCAAAUUUGCUCUGUUGUAAUGUGAGUUACUGGUAUUUUUAUCUAGUGUUAGUGCUUGACUUCAGAUGCUUUAAUACUGGAGUUUUCAUCUAGUCUUUGCAUACUGGGAUAUGACGAACAUGUUUUUGUUAACUGAUCAUAAAAAACAUCUAACAUUUCUAUCAUGAAAGAUGUUAAAAAAGGUUAUCCUACGUGAAAUUUAGAAAUCCAGGUUACACAGGUUACAUCUAGUUCUGGGAGUAUUGUUUAUAGAAAAUCGAGAUUUUAGCAAACAUUAGACUAAUAUCUGUUGAAAAUCACCAUAGAGUAACAUAUCAAAUAGAGUAAAAUCAUAGUAAUUAGUAAACCAGAAAUGUGGGGGUUUUUUCCUAUCAUAAUUCAUGUAAAAUUUAAAAAAAAGCUGGUAGCCAUUUCAUUUUAUCACUUAUCCAUUUGCAAUUUGUCGGACUAUGGCAUAUAAUUGUUAAACAGAAUCGUUUUUACACUGGUAAAAAUGACAUUGUAAUACCUAUAUUCAAAUUUAUUUAUAUGUACUGUUUUGUUUUAUACAAUAUGUUGACUGGUUCACUUUUUUGUAUAGGUAAUAAAUUUUCAUAGAAUGUU